AUGGCCGACCUCGAGGAAGAGGAAGACAUGGAUAGCGAAACUCUGGCUGCGUAUCGUGCCGAGCCAGAGACGGAGCUGUCCAUCAUGAUCACUGAGUGCAAUGAUGACCAAGAAGGCAGAGGUCUAGUGGAAGCGUAUAUGUUUAUGAGAAAUGCUUUAGGAAAACUGAACAUUAAUGAAAAAGACAAGCUCGGUUUUACUGCUUUGCACUACGCUGUCACACAGAAAAAACUUGGCAUGGUUAAGUUACUUAUAAAAUACAAAGCCUCUGUAGAGGUGAAAGACUCUCUUGGAUUUACACCGCUGUUUUAUGCGUGUGGGAGAGCUGCAAACGUAGAAGUAGCCAAGUAUCUAAUUGAACAAUGCAAUGCCUCCUUCGUUACUCGGACAUAUGCCGGCAUGACUUGUCUGCACUGUGCUGCCUAUGUUGGUAAGUAUAGUUAGCGUGCGUCAGAAGCAUAUAACCCUGAAGAGUCUAAAUUCUCCUUAUUGGUUUAGAACCAUGCUGGGAUUUUUUAGUCAUCCAAUCAGAAGCACGGAAAAUAUUUUGGCCAAAUAUGGAAUCAGAGAAUUAAAGGCUUGCCUAUCUGAAAAUAGCUAAUUACAAAAAAAUCCUGUUCUUAAAAUUCUCCAAGUACACUCAUAACUCAAUAGUACAAGCUUAGCUGUUUACUUUUGUUACAUAACAUAAUCAACAUACAAAAACAUUUACAUAAUUUCACAGGUAAUGGUGCCAACAAGUUUGUUGUUAUUUGCAUGUACUAAGCUGUGCCAAUAAUUUUCUUUGCAAAGAUUUUCCGUUAAAAAAUCUUGUUCCUCGUUAGGUAGCAAUAUAGUUUCCCUUCUCAGUAUGCAUUGUUAAGCAUUUUAUAUGUUAUUCUGGACAGCCUUCAUACAUUGCUCUUUACAAUAUUAAGAUAGUAACCUUAAAAAACUAUGAGAUACAUGUAGAAAAAAGUUGUGUAAAGUUGACAUACUGUUUUGAGCACUUGGAGCUUCUGUCAACAAGUUAAGACAGGCCCUAAAGAUGCUUAUCAUGAUAAGUCCACUUUAUCAUGUCCAUAGGAUGUUUUUUCUGACCUUUUUGGGAAUAAUAUUCCGAUUUACUUAGAAUUUUACUCCAUAAAACUGUAAUUGCCCUUUGAAGUGCUUUGUUUGCAUUGUAGUGCAAGGCUUCCAUAAGCACUCACCCUACAGUCUAGUAUUAAUUCCACAUUAGGAAGUAAACUUUGAUUGGACCCCCAAAAAACCCCAGCAUUGGAACAGAGUUAUAUGCUUCUGUGUGCAUUCAUUCACCAGGCUAGCCACCACUUGUGAGCGUGUGAGAAAGAACUCAGUUAUUGUAAAAAUAUCCAAUGCCAUUAUUUUUUUAGGUUCUGUAGAUGUUGUUAAACUGCUGUUGAAGUAUGGUGCAGAUCCCCAAGCUACUUGCAGUGAGGGUAGAACACCAUUUGAUCAAGCUAAGACUUCACCAGAGAUCAGGAAGUUAUUGCACAAGGCAAACAUAAAUGUUGAUUCUUCUGUGGCAAAACGAUCAGCAAGCUGUGCUAAUUGUGGUCUGUAGAACAUUGUUGUUAUAGUGCUAGAAAUUAAGACUCGCUUCCUCUUGGGAUUUUGAAUUAUCUGGAAAUAUAAUUCUUUAGUGUAUAUCACUUGAGUGAAUAACCCUUUUGCAUGCAUUGAUUGGCUAUCUCAGAGGGGAUUAGCCUAGUAGGUCCUAGUACUAUUCACCGCCAAGCAGCUGGCACAGAGACUAAAAUUUCAAGACAUUUGGUCUGCACGUUUGUUAGGUACUCAGCUUGUGUGGUAUAUACUGAAACAAUAAUAGAUCAGCCCUCUGUGCCAGUAAAAGUGGUAGACAUUCACCUUGCACUUCAGUAAAAGUUGUGAAAAACCAAGUCAGUGUAUUGGGGUAGUAGUGAAUGAAGUCUCAUUUUUUGACGGUGUUGUUAGACCAAGAUAAAGCAGCUAUGCCAGCAAAUAUCAAGAAAGCAAGGAAAUUUGGUGGCUAGUGCGAAACUACCAGCCCUAAGAUGUCAAAAUCCACUCAAGUUACCAAUACAUCGAUCACUGCUUUCCAUCUCUAUAAGACAAAUAUAUCUCAAAGACAGACACUUAGUACUGGUUGCAAAGGUGUCCAUCUUAGAGAGAGUUGACUAUUUAUUUCCUGUAAUCCAAUUGGUCAACUUUUUUGUCUAGGUGGCCUUGGUUAUGGUAGUAACACUGUUUAUCAUCAUUUUUACUGUUAUGUGACCUUUCAAAUCAACAAACCUUGAAAUAGAUUUUCAUCAGUCAAAGGAUACAAACAGUGCUGGCUUUAAUACAAAACAUAUGGUUUUAUGCACAUUCUCAAAGAACAUGUUAGAUAAUAACCUUUCAGCAAGAGUUUAUUCAAAAAUGAAUAGAAAUAAAGCAAAUGAAUGUCAAAAUAAAUUUCUGUAAGAGUAAGUUGCUGAAUCGUUGUUGGUCUUACUCAAACCACCAACUACAGCUGUUUAUUGAAGUAAAUCAUUAACCUUUAUCAACUUAAUAAAUCUUGAACGAAUAGAAUUGUUGGUGGAGUAUUUACCGAUAACAUGUUUCCUGUGAAUGUCAAGCCUUGUUCUGGUGGCCCAGUUUCUAUACAAGGUUUUUUGUUUGACUGAUGAGGGCUGAUGGAAACCUAUUUGCAAGAGUUUUGAAAGUUUUUUUGAAAGUUGCAUAGUAGUGAAAAAUAAUGGUAGGUGUUUUCCCAAUGCAUGUUACUUUGUCAGAUGGCAGUGAUGAUAGGGCAGUUUUGUAUAUGGGCAAGAACUGAUUUUUUUCACUGCUUUUGUGUCUAUUCAAGGCCUGUAUCCCAGGGUUCCAGCACAUCAUUUUUGUGUGAAAAGUGGGGUUUUGGUUUCUGUUUCCCAAGAGCAAAACCAAGUCUCAAGGGACGACCAUCCCUCGUCGACCAAACCAAAACAAUGAUAAGUUUGAUUGGAAAUCAUUUUCGGUGAUUUCAGAUUAAAUGUUGUUUGAUGUCUUAUUGUAAAGGUCAAUCUGUUGAGAAGUUGAAGCGUUGUGCUCGAUGUCAUGUGACGUUAUACUGUGGGAAAGAAUGUCAGAAAGAACAUUGGAAGAAAGGUGGCCAUAAGGAACGGUGUGAAGAGGGGGUGUUGGCACACCCUAGUAGGUACCCUUACAUGACAACUAUUAGCAAUGUACUCCAAGCUGAGCGUCCAACAGUGUCACUGAGUGCCAGUACGACAGAAGAUUCUACUGCCUCUCAAAGCUCUGUUCCUGUUAGCAAGACAUUUGUUGUCAAAGUACAAAGACCUAUGACUAUGAUGGAUCCAGAUGCACCUAGAGAUUUAAUGGUUUAUAAUGUGGAUAAAUCAGUGCAUGUUUUCAUACGGGAGGAAACCCCAGGCUAUGCAAGCCUUGUAAAGAAGAUCACUGAGGAAGGGAUUUAUGGACUGAAAGGAUUCUUUUGGGCUGAAAGGGCGCCAUCUCUGGGUGAAGGAAUGGUGAGAGUGUUUCCUGGUCAGUUUGCUCCUGUACAGGACUGGUGAUAUACCACAACCACCCUCACAUGAGACACUUUUUCUAAGGACUGUUUAUUGAGAAUAUGUAUUUAACAUUCAACUUGGAUUAAACUUUGUAUGUUGAUGGUCAGGGUGUGUCAUGAUCAGUUUCACCAUGUAGGACAAAUAAUAUCUUAGUAACUGAUGAUACUGAACCUAAAACAAAUGUAUGGACUUUGAUGGACUGUAGCAUGCAGAGCACUACAGGUACCAUGGAAUAAAAGUAAUAUCAGCC